AUGCUUUCCUCUGCUAGAUCCGCUGCUCCUCGCGCACUGCGCUGCAGGGCGGCUCAGAUUUCCAGACAAUCGCCGCGACAAAUCCGCCUUCAAUCCACCACGGCCUCGACCUCAUCUAGCUCGCAAUCCCAUCUGGCGUCUGGUGUCGCCGGAGGUCUCGUCGGCGCCAUCCUCUUCUACGGUAUCUACACCUUCACGCCGGCGGGACGCACCGCCAGCACCAUCAACAAGGCCGCCGUCGAGGCCAACAAGCAGUACAAGGCUGCUGCUGCCAAGCUCCAAGAGGCCACGCCCGAGCCCAGCCAAGCCAUCAAAUACAUCAAGGAUCUGGCCUACUCGUACGUGGGAUGGGUGCCCGGCGGCCGCGGCUUUGUCGAUGCCGCCUUCAAGGACGUCGAGGUCGUCCAGGAAAAGCACAAGGACGAGGUGAACAAGAUCAUCAAUGACGGCUACAAGCAAUUCCAGGAGCUGUCCAAGGGUGGGCUGAGCAUGCAGACAGCCACCAAGGCCUACGAGACGCUGGCCGAUCUCGCCAAGAAGAUUGCCGACCUCUCGGCCGACGCCCUCGGCGAUAUUGCCGACAACCACCCCCAGAUCAAGGAGAAGCUGGGCGGCAACGUCGACAAGCUCAAGUCUCUCGGCGAGCAGUACGGCCCUGACGCCAAGAAGCAGGUUGACGAGACGUGGCGCCAGGUCAAGGACAUCUUCGCCGGCGGCUUCAGCGCCGCCAACAUCACCAAGGCCAAGGAGCUCAUUGACGAAAAGGUCAGCCAGGUGCAGAAGCUCGGCGACGAGGCGUGGAGCAAGGGCCUCGAGGCCGCCAAGCCCAUGCUCGACAAGAGCCCCAAGGUCAAGGAGCUUAUUGAGAAGAAUGCCGACGCGCUCAAGCAGGGCAACGUCAAGGAGCUCUUUGACAAGGCCAAGGCCGCCGUCGACUCGGGCGACCUCGGCGACCUGGAAAAGUACGUCAAGGGCGCCGCCGACAAGGCCCAGUCCAAGGGCCAAGAGGUCGCCGCCGACUGGGGCCUGGACAAGUACUUCAAGGCGCUGCCCGCGGGCGGCGACAUCCUGUCCAAGCUGCAGCAGCUGAGCAAGGUUGCCAGCGAGCACAAGCAGGAUGGUGAGAAGCUCAUGAACGAGACGGUCGACGAGCUCAAGGAGCUGUUGGAGAAGAAGUCGAAGAAGGCACAGGACAUUGUCGACUCUGCCAAGAAGGAUGCCGGCAAGGAUAGCAAGGACGACAAGAAGGAUGAGAGCAAGGAUUCCAAGAAGAAAUAA